CUGUACUCGGCUUUUUCCUCAACUUCAAUGCCCAGCCUUAACGUUUGCUCCAUUUCUUCACCUGACUGUCUCGUCCAUCGCCGCCGACUUGAGCCCUUGAACUCUUUGAGCUCUCUUAUUCCCUCGGCCUAAUUUUUUUUAUUCUACUUGGAUAUUUUGUUUCAUCAGAUCUGGGCGUCUCUUUUAUAGAAACCACUUUUGGCGCUUUGCAGAAGACAUAAUUGAUAAAUCCGAAAGAGUCAUGGUCCAAGGAGAUGAGAAGGAGGGUAUGCUUCGUAAGCUGGAGAAGAAAUCCAAGAAAAGCAAGAAGAAUGCUGCCACCAGUGGUCUUGGAGGAGAGAGUGAUGAGUGUGACUUUAAGAGAAAGAAAAAAAGAGAAGGUGGAAAACAUUCUGGAAAACCCAACAAAGUCAGUGAUGAAGAUGUUGUGAAAUGUGUUGAGAAAAAGAAUAAGCUGAAGAAAAGCUGCUUGAAUGAGCCUUUAGACACCAAAACUAGUGCAACUGAAAUGCAGGACAAUGACAAGGUAGUUGAGACCCUUGGUGAGGUCUCUGGUGGAGACGUUGUGGACGUGAUUAGAAGGAAAAAGAAAUCCAAGAAAAACAUUAAGACUAUCAAUGGUGUAGAAGUGACAAACACUGAUAUUAAAGCUAAGAGUGAUGACUUUGACAUCAAGAGAAAGAAAGAAAGAAAACAUGGAAAACGUUCUGGGAAGUUUAGUGAAGACAGCGAUGAGGUUGCUUUGAGAAUUGUUAAAGGGAAUAAAAGUAGGAAAUUGAAGAAAAGCUGUGGGGAUGAGCUGGAGAAAAUACAUGAUACUAAGGAUAUACAGGAAGAUGCUGCUGCUGAAGUCAAUGAAGGUGAUAUUUCUUCACCUAUAGAGAUGGAAGAUAAAACCAAAACAGACAAAGGUAAAAUCAAAAAGAGAAAAAGAAUAAAAUUAGGACACAGCUCUGAAGAUCCUAUACAUGAGAAGAGUGAAAAGAGAGUGCGAUUUUCUGGUCAGGUUCAAAUUUUCCCUUCAUUGAAUGAUUCAAGUGAUGAGAAGCAUGAGAUCGAGGAAGAAAAUUUAGUGCAUGGCAAGCGAUUCUCAAAGUUAGAAGAUGAAAUUAUCAAAGAGGCUGUUCAUAAAUACAUAGAGGUACACAACUUAGGUGAAGAAGGGCUGAAAAAGGUUUUAAAUGCUAGAUCUUAUCCUGAAAUUAAGGGUUGCUGGAAAGAAAUAGGGAGUGCUCUACCAUACAGACCUUCGAAGGCAUUUUAUUCUCGUGCCCAGGUCCUGUUUCGGAGGAGUGAAUCACGUAAAUGGACUGAAGAAGAGUAUGAGAUGGUACGGAAGUUCCAGAAAGAGCAUGGAAACAAUUGGAGGGUCUUAGCCGAUGAACUUGGAAAACAUCGGUGGCAUGUGAAGGAUACAUGGCGAAGGCUAAAACUGCCCAAUCAGAAUAAAGGACAAUGGACUCAGGAGGAGUACCAGAAUUUGUUUGAUUUAGUAAACACCGAUCUGAGACUGAAGCUUUCUGAAGAGAAGAAAUCUAAGCAUGGGAUGCUACGGGAUAAUAUUGCAUGGGGUGCAAUAAGUGAAAACUUAUCCACCAGAACUGAUGCAAACUGCUGCUUAAAAUGGUAUGAUCAAUUGACAUCACCCAUGGUGGCCAAAGGUGAAUGGGCGGAUGCUGAUGACUAUCGCCUAGUUGAUGCACUUUUUGAGCUGGAUGCAAGCUGCAUAGAAGAUGUGGACUGGGACAAUCUUCUUGACCACAGGCCUGGAGAGAUAUGUCGAAAGAGAUGGAACCAAAUGAUUCUUCACAUAGGUCAACUUGGAAACAAGUCAUUUGCUGAUCAAGUAGAAGUUCUAGCUAAGAGAUACCGUCCGGAUUUGGUCGAAGUAAGAGAGGCUUGGGACAGUAAACCAAUCGUUCCAUGAUAUGCCCAUCACUCAGCAGUGAUGUGUCUGAAGAGAGUUACUUCACAGCAACACAUACUAUUGGCAACCUCCCCCUCUCCAUUUUAGUAAUUAUUAAAAGAUUUUGUAGAACAUUUAGUAGACAUAAUUCGGAGGAGGUCCAGUGUUGUGUGGUGGAAAGAAAAUGGAGAGAUUUUUACAGUUUGAUAUUGGACAGUUGUCUGUACUCUGUAGGGCAAGAGAUCAAUCAACU